AUGCUUGCUCUCCAGCCGCAGAACCCGCUGUCCAUCCCUCCAACAUUCAGACCUACCUCUCCAAUGUCUAGCCCAGGCCCGGGCUUGUCGGCACAAAUAACGCCAGACUCAACGCUCACCCGGCCGCGUCGUGCAUCUCGUCCACUAACCUUGACGGCAUCCUCCUCCUCAAACUCGAUUUUUGCGCCGUAUCCAAGAUUUCCAUCCACAGAUCUCUCUUCGUCUGGCUCAAACCUCCAGUUUGCCUCGUCCGCCUCGCGCUUGCGCAUUGGAGAAUCCUGGCCAGAGGAACAAGGUGUGGAACGUGUACCGGAUACGCUCUUGAAAUCGACGCUCAAGCCCGGUCGCUUCGUCUCCGCCUUUCGGACAACGCCUCGACUCGUCGCCAGGAUAAUUACCCAUCUCCAUGGCUCAUACGAAGUCCUCAAUCUGUGCCACGUGAGCAAAGAGAUGACGAAAAUCUUUGAAACCCUCUUCGAGACAAACGAUGAGGUCAGAGACGCAUACCUUCGGCGCGUCAUUCCCGACUAUCGGCCUGCUGCCUGGCCUAACCCAAGCUGGCUAAACAAAUCUAUCAAGAUUGAUUUGAUGGAUAUGGAGCUACUUUUGGAAUCAGCCAGCGUCUUGUUGUCGGUCUAUCCAAUGCACGCUCUCCGCGUCGUUGCACCGCAAUCUCAUUCCUCAAUGUCGUCAAUAGACACCGCUGAAAGGGAGAAUACGACAUCAAGGUUCCAGACGCUGACGCUGACCCACUCGCGCUUUGUUGCCUACCUCCGACAACGGACCACCUCUCAAGCGCUUCAAAUUGCUUCGACAGAUGAAGAUGACAGCAUCCUCUCCCUAUUGGAUUCACCAGAUGACGGUCCUGCCCUCGUGUUUCCGACACCCCUCUUCUACUUCAACGACGUUGCACAGCCAAUCGUGCCGGCUUACCUGCCGCUUCCUACCACCAAAGAGACGACCUCGCAUACCAAGGCCCGUUCCGUUACCGGAACUUCAAAGGAGAAGGCGUCAAUACGACUCAGCAAAUCAAAGUCGGCGUCGAAUAUCAGUUCCGACGCACGGAAUGCUGCCGAUCUGGGGUCAGUGUCGAAGGCUCGAAAGCGACUAAGUUUGAAACCUGGACGCAAAGAUGUUGUCGCGCCGCCGCCUCCGCCUGCCAUGCCAGCAUUACCUAAUAUUGCGGCAGCCAACAUGAGCAAUCAGGGACUGGGCCAAUUUGGUGUAAUCCCUCCGUUUGCAGGCCAAUCCAUGAGCCUUCCUCAUCACUCUAGGUCACCCAGCCAAAACUCCGCUUUGCUACCCCCACUCCCCCAGCCUUCAUUUGCGUAUACUCCCCCUCCCACUGGUCACUACUCGCCACCACCAACGGGUCACUACACACCACCUGGUUCUUCUCAGGGGUAUACGCCUCCCCCGACGAUUGGCUAUGGCACAGGGGGUCGUAGUACUCCGCCUAUGACAAUGCAUACUCGUCGUCGAAAUCGCAGGAGCGCGCAUAUGAUCACAGAUUCGCCUACCAUUGCUGCAUCACCGGCCAACCGUUCUACUGCAUUACUGUCGAGCACAGCUCUUAGCCCAUCUACGACUGGGUUACUGAGCGCUGCGACAAAUGGGUACGAGCAACCUUCUCCAAUGUCGCAUGAUAUCCAUUCGCUCUCCCUCGCCUUUCGUCAAAGUCGCGCACCCAUCUUCCGUGUCUUUGUCCCCUGCUCUCAGAUCACACCUCGUAUUCUUCAAGAAUGUAUGAAGCAGCUACAUGCAGCUUCACUCGUACCACAUCUGCGCGCAGGGGAUCUCGUCUGCAACUUGGGAUAUGUACCUGACACGUCGGAUGACGCGUCAAACGGUGGAGCGGCUGAGGGAGAGAGUGGAGAUUGUCGAGGGUGGAUGGUAUCAGAUGGCGUUGGCCUGCAUCCGCUUUCCACAAAGCAUGCUAUCCCAGUCAGGGACCCGACCUUUGUCCUUACCAGCCCGCACUAUUACUCUCACGUGCUGCUUGCCGGGGAAAACCCCAGAUUCUGCAUGGCCAUUCCCCUCUUGCCAGAACCACGUUCGCCUCCAGUAUGGAACUUGCUACGGGUCACCAGCUCUGUAGCUGCCUCGACCAAAAAGUCUGCGGGAGGCGCGGAAAGUCCCAAGAAGCACAAGGUGGUUCGCUUCAUCUGGGUCGUGCGUGUCGAGUGUGCACGAUGGGGCCAAGAAUGGUUUAUCGAGGUCGAGGGCACCAAAGAGGGGCGAGAGUACCUCGAGCAUGUACUCAUGCAGACAAGAAACGGCAUCGAACACGAAUGGGAACUCGUCAGGGAGAAGACGGGAAAAGGGACAGUAUAUAUUCGCAAGCCGUGA